AUGCCCGACGAACCCACACGGCUUGUAAGGCCCGAGGCCUCGGAAGGACGCCUCCUCCUUGUCUCCAACCGACUUCCUAUCACUAUCAAGCGCUCCGAUGAGGGCAAGUACGAUAUGUCCAUGUCCUCCGGUGGACUGGUCAGUGGCCUGAGCGGUCUGGCAAAGACAACGACCUUCCAGUGGUAUGGCUGGCCCGGACUCGAGGUACCAGAAGACGAGGCCAAGGGCCUGAACGACCAGCUUAAGGAGAAGUACAAUGCCGUACCUGUCAUGCUCGACGACGAACUCGCAGACCGACACUACAACGGCUUCUCAAACGAAAUCAUGUGGCCGCUCUUCCACUACCACCCCGGUGAGAUCACCUUUGACGAAUCUGCCUGGGAUGCAUACACUGAAGCCAACCGUCUGUUUGCGAAGGCUGUCGCAAAAGACGUACAAGAUAACGACAUGGUCUGGGUGCACGAUUACCACCUGAUGCUCAUGCCGUCUAUGCUACGAGAAGAGCUUGGCGACACAAAGAAGAACGUCAAGAUUGGCUUCUUCCUGCACACUCCCUUCCCCAGCUCCGAGAUUUACCGAAUCCUUCCUGUCCGUAACGAGAUCUUGCUUGGUGUCCUCCACUGCGAUCUCAUUGGCUUCCACACCUACGACUAUGCCCGCCACUUCCUCAGCAGUUGCUCUCGCAUUCUAAGCGGUCUGGCUACGACUCCAAAUGGUGUCGAGUUCCAAGGCAAGGUCGUAACCGUGGGCGCUUUCCCCAUCGGUAUCGAUCCAGAGAAGUUCGAUGAAGGUCUCCAGAAGCCAAAGGUCCAGGAGCGGAUAGCGGCUCUCGAGAAGAAGUUCCAAGGCGUGAAGCUGAUUGUUGGUGUUGACCGUCUUGACUACAUCAAGGGUGUACCACAGAAGUUGCAUGCUCUCGAAGUAUUCCUCACCGAACACCCCGAAUGGAUUGGCAAAGUCGUACUUGUCCAGGUCGCUGUUCCCUCCAGACAAGAUGUUGAAGAGUACCAAAAUCUUCGGGCUGUCGUCAAUGAACUUGUUGGUCGCAUCAACGGCAAGUUUGGCACCAUUGAGUUCAUGCCAAUCCACUUCAUGCACAAGUCUGUCUCUUUCGACGAGCUCAUCGCACUAUAUGCCGUUUCAGACGUCUGCCUCGUUUCUUCAACGCGCGACGGUAUGAACUUGGUCUCCUACGAGUAUAUUGCGACACAAGAGAAGCGUCAUGGCGUCAUGAUUCUCUCCGAGUUCACUGGUGCUGCUCAGAGCUUGAAUGGCAGUCUCAUUGUCAACCCAUGGAACACUGAAGAGCUGGCGGAUGCAAUCCAUGAUGCAGUCACAAUGGGCGACGAACAACGUAGCUUGAACUACCAGAAGCUCUCAAAAUACGUCCGCAAAUACACCAGUGCCUGGUGGGGCGAGUCCUUCGUCACCGAGCUUAGAAGGAUCUCGGAGGCUGCAGACCGCAAAGUGCACUUUGCCAGCGUUACUGCUACAGGGUCUGAAGAAAAUGCCAAGACUGGCGGAGAGAAUGCUACUGAACCUGCGGCUGCCAAUGCUCAAUGA